AUGGAACGCACAGGCAAUAGCAGCGCCGAUUGUCCAUGCCGCAAAGCGCUCCUUCGGAAGAGCAUCUUCACGGCUGCCCAAGAUGGGGACGUGGACCACGUGCGUUCAUUCUUUGAGUGCCGGAAAGCUCACUUACACAUUGACUUUGUCGACGACUUUGGAUACACAUCGCUGCAUUAUGCCAGCCAAUGGAAUCGAGUCGAAGUGGUGCGGUACUUGCUGUCGCGAGGGGCCAACCCAGACUGUGCCAAGUGCGGGGCUACGCCUCUACAUCGAGCAGCCUACAGUGGUGCCGAAGAAUCAGUGGCCCUCCUUGUCCAGCAUGGUGCCAGUCUCAACCUCGUAGACACUUCGUUUGGCGAUCACCGAACAGCCUUGCACAAAGCCGCCAGUCGGGACCAUCGCGCCAUCGUAAACAUGUUGAUACAAGCCAGCGCUGACACGUCAUUGCGAGAUUCGACUGGACAUACGUACUUGACCGUUCCAAAGGAACUGGGUUGGCAAGAGCCAUCGAUUAUUCCUGCCAACACGUCUUCAAAGUGUGCGAGUGAUGAAGAUGCAUUGGUGGUCGACGGCACUUCGUCCGUUGGACUAGGGCGGCAGUGCGAGUCGUGUGGAGUGCAGUGCUUCGCAGCCACCAAGCUGGCGUGCUGUGGCCUCUUGCAAUGUGACGCGUGCUCGGACGAUCGCAGCCGCCCUUGCCAUCGAUGUGGUUCCUGGUCAAACCUGACUCUCUCCGCAAUCAACCACAGCGUGCAGCUGCCCAAUCAACUCCCACCAACUACUAAGCCCCCCGGUGGAAUCCCCCCAACUGCUCUCAAACCCCGUCCGGUGCGUGGCCUGUUUGACAUCAAGCAAAUCCACUCAAGAUCGUCAGGGUCCACCACUAUAAUAACGACUUAACGUGAUUACGAGUUUAUUUGAUAUCAAAUCGAUGGUUGGUGUCCUUGACGUCUGUUACUGAUGUCGCCACGGACGGGGGCGCUUGGGGCAAGUACGACUUGAGCGCGCCAAGUUUACGCCUAUGUUGCUCAAAGGCAGAGAUCCACACGUAGAUGACCCCCACCGCACAGGUCACGGACGUCAGCAGUAGCGGAAGGAAGGGGUACCGGGGCAGCACCACCGGCAGCAACAUCGCCACGACGGCAGUCCCCACCACGGCAUGGAGGUACAUCCGCUGGCCUAGUGAGAGGCCGAUGCCCGUGUACUUGAUGCGGCGCAGCUUGAGCGAAUGCGCGUGACAUGGGUACAAACAUAAAUGCGCGAGCAACGCAUGGGCGGCCGUGAGCAAGCCACGGGUGCCGACUUCGGCGGGCGUGAACAGCAGCGGGAAGAGCGAGAUGUUGCCCACGAGCGUUGCGACGCGGUACAGCUUGGCGUCGCGCGUGGAUUCGACGGCGAGGAGCCCCAGCGGCAGCGUCGCUUGCAAGAUGGCCUUCUCGUGCACGUGAUACCCAAACAAGAACGAGCACAGCAUGCAGUACACCAACGCUGGCAUGAACAGCGUCGGGUCGGGGAAGCGGUAGAUGUCUCGCAGCACGGGAGCCAUGGCCAGAAGGGUGAGCACGGCGCACACCCACGGCGCGACCGCUGGGAGCACGACGAACACUGCGUCCUGGACAAGCCCCCCGCUCAUGGCGCCGACAGGCGCGGGCACUUUGAGGAGCACGGCGAGGACCUUGUCGGCAAAUGCGUAGAGGGCCCACACAUUGGGGGCCCAGUAGGCGUGGCAGAGGCCGCGUUGGACGGGGAAGAGGCGCGACGCGAUUUGAGCCAAGUGCUCGCCGACAGAGUGGGGGGGUGCUGAGCCAUCGGGGAGGAUGACCGACCCAAAGGCAACCGCAAACACGCUGACAACGACGAUACCCAGCGAGACGAAGCGGGCGAUGCUGAAACGACCGCGGCCGGCCACAAGGUGGGCCAGUGUCUCGUGGGUGUCGAUGUUGGAGAGGGAUCGUGUGCGUAGUCGUGUCGUGGGGGCUUGGGUAGUUUGUGGACUCGAUGGCACGGAAAAGCAGUAGUGCCCAAACAGAUACACAAAGUACAGCAACGCGACGUACAAGUAGAUGUGCUUCAUCAUGAGAAGCACGGCGUACACGAACGCGCCCUUGACGUCUUCGCCUUCGCGGAUGUAGGCGACGCUCAGGAUGAGCAGGCCUAGCAACACGCCGUUGUACUGGAAAUGCACGUGGUCCACCAUAAGCAGGCCGGCGUCCAGGAACGUGAGAAGCACCACCACCACACGUUUGUUGGUGUUGAAGGCCACUUCGGUGGUCGUGACGCAGGGCCAGGCGUUGCAAUACUUGAUGAUCGAUGCGAACAGCACCACGUCCGACACGAUGACGGACAGGCGCUGGAAGACAAUCGUGCGGUAGCUCGCGUAUCCCAGUGCAUGUAGGUUCAGCAUGCCAGGGUCUACGUAGAAGGCCACGCUGCCGACCAGACGCUCAAACCAGGCAAAGAAUGGAGGGUAAUCCAGCGUCCAUUCGCUCCCAAUGUCAAAGUACCAUUGCGUACGCCGCAACGACGACGUGAUCGCGAGCCAAUUGCGGUGAACUUCGAAGUCCGUGCUGCGGUAGGACGGGAGAAGGAGGAGUUUUAUCAUCGUGCCAAGCAGGAACACGGCAACAAGCGGCAAGUCCAACGACUUCUCGACAGCCUGCCGUGCCAUCGGCGAUGGCGGCUGUGGUGUCGCCAUGAAGUGGUGUGUCCUUUGGGCGGUGGCAAAUGGCACGCGUUGAUUGGGUCAGCCCUCCGC